AUGGAUCCCGACAUUGUGAACCGCAACACCGAGCUGGAUGACAUCCUCAGACAAAUAUCAGAGCUGGACAAAUGGAGAAACAUCUUCAACUCCCGUGGGUUGGAAUUACAAGAUUGUAUCAUUAAAAGGCCUCUGGAGAGGACUAAGCUUGAGGAGGAAAGCGAGGAUGGCACAGGCAGGCCACCGUCCACAGCACAGCCGCCUUGUGGAAACACCAACCUAUCGACAGUGCCCUACUCUAUCCCCCGGGCCCUGACUGUCUCUCCUAGCCUAGGAGGGCUCCCUAUCACACCCGAGUUAGCUGGGAACCUCAGGAAGAUUUUGUUCGGCAAUACUUUUUACGUCUUCAACUAUGAGUGGAAGAAGUCCUUCUUCAAAUUCAGGGAGCCCUACUCCAACCUAUCCUAUGCCCUGGAGGCCGAAAGAGGAGGAUCCCGUGCCAUUCAAAUGGUGGUCCAAGCGAACAUUAUCAAAUACUUGCUCUUCACCCACCAGACCAACUCAGACUGUUGCAGACUGCAAAGUCUGAGUGAGGUGGGUGAGAAGGAGCAGGAGAGGGCCCUGGCCGUCGCUCUGACUGACAUUCUGUGGGCAGCUGGUGAGGAAAGGAGCGCCACCAUCUCCUUAGUGACAUCAGACUACUGUUUCACCCCCCACCUGGACUACAAACUGGACAACUUCACUGAGAGACUACAGCUUUUUAGUUUCAACAAGAAAGAGGAUGUCAAGAAAUUUGUCCAUGAGCACAUCCAGUGUUUUGAAGAUGAGGGGAGUCAUGGAGUCAUCUUGUUUCUCUACAGCUUAAUCUUUUCAAGGACUAUCACCAGGUUGAGGGAGGAUCUUGACUGUACCACCUCCCACUUGCUUCAUUUGAGCCUUGGCAACUUUGUGUGUCGUCAGGCACUGAUGAAUCUUCUGCUAACUGGCCGAGCCAGUCCCAAUGUAUUCAAUGGAACUCUGCAGUGUGGUGACGACGGCAGCCCUCUGGAGAAGCCUCUACACGGGGUCCUGGCUCGCAGCGCCGUAGGCUACCUGCACUGGAGCCGCGAGCUGCUGGAACGUACAAAGCUGCCCAUGGUUGGAAGCAUGCUGAAAACACCAAAGUUGCCCAUUUGGGUGUGCAGUAUCAAUGGCACCUACAGCGUCCUCUUCAGUCCCAACCGCUCCCUGCUCUCUGACUGGAAGAUGGAGCACCUGUUCCACAUGUACUUCUACAAUGGCCAGCCAUCGCAACAAAGCACAGCCCUGCUGACCAUUGACACUCACUCCCACCACUGGGAGGUAGGGAUCAAGGACACCCAGGGAGACCCAGAGAAGAGGUUUCCCUCUGUAGAGAUGGCCAUUAGGACCAAAUGGGAGGGAGCUGCCAUCGACUGGAACGGAACCAUGCCUUUUUUCUGACCAGGGAGGAUACUUGAUGAUCGUAAUGUUCUGGAUUGCUAAUAAUUUUUGUUACGCAUCCGUUUGUCUGGUUUGAAGGCGACCUUAUGCUACCAACCACAAAAAGUGUGUUUGCAACUUUUACAGCUUAGGCCGGGAUUCAAUCCCAUCAUGCUUUGCGAAAAUGCACCAUUUAAUGGCUAUAUUCCUGCGUUCACAGUAAACACAGCAUAUACAGUAUGUCAGCUCAAUCGGAAAUGACCUUUUAAAUGGAGCAUUAUCGAUAAAAUGCGAUCGGAUUCCGGUCAAAGAAAGAUAAGAGGUCAAUGUAAAGAAUGUCUUACUGUGUAAUAUUUGUCAGGCAUUCUAUUGUAGUUUUUUUACAAGAUGUUCUGUAAAAUAGGCCUAUACUUUAAUGUUGAGCCAUCAUAGGAUACCCACGUUAUUCAAAAAACCAUACCUGCAGAAUUACAUUUAUUAACAGUUUGAGAAGCUGUUUAAUUGAGUGAGUAUAUUUACAUGUCUUUUCAAUACAGCAUAACUAUUUCUAGUAUUUGUGGCGCAGCCUACAUUUGUCAGUUUUGGCUGUAUUUUCUUGGUGUCAUCGUUAGCCUAAUAUUUUGAUAAGAAAACUUGGGUUCGUAGGCUUAUUUGAAAAUUGUGAUAAAAAAAAUAGAUAUAUGCCUAUUAUAGCCCCAAACCUUUUCCAGGCAUAUAUGAAAUUUGGUUUUGCGGUCAUUGUAAUCUAUAGGGAUUUUACAGUGCCUUCGGAAAGUAUUCAAACCCCUUGACCUUUUCCAUAAUUUGUUACGUUACAGGUUUACCCUAAAAUUGAGUGUUUUUUUUCCCUCAUCUACACACAAUACCCCAUAAUGACAAAGAAAAAAACUUUUUUUAUUUUAUUUUUGCAAAUAAAAAUAAAAUAAAGAACUGAAAUAUACAUUUACAUAGGUAUUCAGACCCUUUACUCAGUACUUUGUUGAAGCACCUUUGGCAGCGAUUACAGCCUUGAGGCUUCUUGGGUAUGACGCUACAAGCUUGGCAAACCUGUAUUCGCAGAGUUUCUCCCAUUGUUCUCUGCCUCUGUUCUCAAGCUCUGUCAGGUUGGAUGGGGAGUGUUGCUGCACGGCUAUUUUAAGGUCAAGUCCAGGCUCUGGCUUGGCCACUCAAGGACAUGCUUCACUACCAUGCUUCACCGUAGAGAUGGUGCCAGGUUUCCUCCCAUCUCCACAGAGGAACUCUAGAUCUCUGUAAGAGUGACCAUUGGGUUCUUGUUCACCUCCUUGAACAAGACCCUUCUCCCCAAUUGUCCAGUUUGGCUGGGUGGCCAUCUCUCGAAAGAGUCUUGGUGGUUCCUAACUUAUUCCAUUUAAGAAUGGAGGCCACUGUGUUCUUGGGGACCUUCAAUGCUGCAUCAUUUUUUUUGGUACCCUUCCCCAGAUCUGUGCCCCGACACAAUCCUGUCUCCGAGCUCUAUGGACAAUUCUUUCGACCUCAUGGAUUUUGCUGUGAUAUGCACUGUCAACUGUGGGACCUUUUUAUAGACAGUUGUGUCUAUAAAAAUUGUCCAAUCAAUUUAAUUUACCUAUUUUUAUUUUUUUUUCUCUUCUAUUUAACCUUUAUUUAACUGUACUCCAAUCAAGUUGUAGAAACAUCUCAAGGGCGAUCAAUUUCAAGUCUCAUAGCAAAGGGUUUGAUAUUUGUAAUAAAUUUGGUAAAAUGUCUAAAAACCUGUUUUCACUUUGUCAUUAUGUGGUAUAUUGUCUGUAGAUUGCUGAGGAUUUUUUUUUUUAAUCAAUUUUAGAAUAAUGGUGUAAUGUAACAAAAGUUGGAAAAAGUCAAGGGGUCUGAAUACUUUCCGAAGGCACUGUAUGUUAAGGUUAUAUUUAAAAAAUGAGAUGUGGUUGUAGGGUAUACUGUAUGUGUACUAUGUUCCCUUCAGUCUUGUCAGCCAGUGAAUCUGACCAUAUUUGCAAUGUUGUUACUCUGUAUGACAAUAGGUCUAUAACCAGGCAACAAAAUAUUGAAACAAAAUUA